AUGAGUUGCCAAGUAGCGGACUACCGCCUAGUAGACACGGAUAGCAGCAGUCCCGACAAGCAGGCGGCUAUGAUUUACCCCGCGGUGAGACCUUCCGCCACUUCGGAACUUGACAUGGGCAGCGACAAGUCCGAGACUUUGAUCGAGCGCAAUGGACGCAGCGACCCGGAGCUGCAGAUGCUGGCGGCCGACGACUUUGAGGUCAUCCGCGUGCUCGGCGUCGGCACGUACGGCGUCGUCAAGCUGGCCAAGCACAAGCCCUCGGGCACCAGCGUCGCGCUCAAGGUGCUGUCAAAAGAGCACGUGGUCACGACGCGCCAGGAGAAGCACAUCUUGAGGGAACGCGCCGUGCACCUGCAGCUGGAGCACCCGCUGGUGGCGAAGCUGCACGGCACUUUCCAGGACGACGACUAUCUGUACUUGGUGCUCGAGUAUCUGCCCGGCGGCGAGCUCUGGAGCCUCGUGUACUCGCACAGUGACGAGCAGGAUGAAGAGGUGAAGACCACGACGCAGUUGAAGGUGCAGGGAUCGAUGAAAGACGCCAGUGACGAGCUCCGCCCUGCCACGCCAGUUAGAGCAGCAACGUCGACGAUGUCCGAGUCGCUGGCACCUAUUCAGACCCGAACGCUGGAUGCGGGAGGCCUGAGCGUUCUACGCAGUGAGUUUGGGGGGUUGAAGGAGGAGUACGCUGUGUUCUACCUGGGCUGUAUCCUCAGUGCGCUUGAGUACCUGCACGACCAGGGGCUGCUCUACCGUGACCUGAAGCUAGAGAACCUUGUGCUGGACAAAGAGGGGUAUCUCAAGAUCUUGGAUUUCGGGUUCGCCAAGCCGGACGCGCAGCGAGCUGAUGAUACUGACGACAGCAGCGAGCAGACCCAGAACGCUCGGAAUCUUACACUAUGCGGGAGUAUGGACUACAUGGCGCCGGAGGUGCUUCUACGCCAGUCGCACGACCACCGCGUGGAUAUCUGGUCAUUUGGUGUCAUUAUGUACGAGAUUCUACUGGGUAAGACGCCAUUCUACCACGAAAACCCACGCGAGCUCGGGCGUAGAAUCACCAACGAGAACGUCGAGUUCCCGAACGAGUUCGAGGAGGAGUGUCCGCUGGCCUGCGACCUCAUCACUCAGCUUCUAGUGAAGAACCCGGACGAACGACUAUCGUCGAUGCAGAAGAUCAAGUCGCACUGGUUUUUCUCGCGAAUGUUCUCGUGUCCUGAGGACUGGCAGCGGUUGCAGCGUCGAGAGUACGACGCUCCGUUCAUCCCGGAGCUCAGCGGGCCCUUCGACACUUCUUUCUUCCAGACCAUUGAUGAUGAUUACCAAGAGGAGCUGGAGGCGGAUGUGGAGCCCUACUUUGAAGAUGGCUCCAACAUCUUUAGAGAUUUCUAGCCGACCAGCUCUCCCAAACCUUCUUCGUCUCCGUAUUCACGUGUUAAACUGACGAUCCAGCUACGACACCAGCCCCGCACUCCCCGACACUCCACGAAUUCUUCGUAUCCCCAUUAAUUUAUCUGGUUAGCACGCCAGCAACGAUAGAAAGAUCAAUUCAAUAGAUAGAACCAACAAAUUAUACC